AUUAUGAAGAACGUCUAGAAGAAUGGGAGAGUAUUCAGAGUAAGAUCUUAUCUUGGUUUAUCAAUACCUCUAUUCCCUCCAUUCAUAAUCUUCUUCCUCGUCUUGAAACUGCUGAGGCUGCUUGGAAAUUUUUGGCCGAUCGUUAUAACUGCACUAAUGAUUCAAGCUUGGAGUUUCACAUUGAAUCAAAACUUUAUCAAAUGCGCCAAGAGACAGGUCAGUCUAUUUCUGAUUUUUAUUCUCAGACUUCUACUAUGUGAGAACAACUCUCUGCUGCAGAUCCUCCACUGGUGUGUUCUAAGGACAUUGAGCUUUUUGUCAAAUAUCGGGAUCGCCGUAGAUUUAUGCACUUCAUGAUGGGUUUACGUGAGGAUUUUGAGCCUACUAGGGCUUCUCUACUUAGCCGGUCUCCUACUCCUUCUCUUGAUGCUGCAGUAAAGGAGCUCAUUUCUGAGGAGAAUCGUCGGCCCACUUAUCACAUGACAUCAUCUGAUCAUGUCUUGGCUACACCCUCACCACAGCCUCCCAUUGUUGCAUUCACUGCUCCUCCGCGAAUAAACUCCGGGCGUCCCACCUCUCAGUCUUCCAAAGGUGCUCACUGCAAGUUUUGCCGUGCCAAAGGCCAUGACAUCUCUGUUUGUCGUAAGCUACAGAAAUUUGUGCAAGAGCAGAAUAAAGCUUCUCUUCCUCAGGCAGCUGCUAUAUGUCCUUCAGAUCCAUCGGUUCCUACAGGUCCAUCUUUGGCUUCCUCACUUACUACGGCUGAUAUUGAGGCAGUUGUUCAACAGGUUUUAUCCCACACUUCCACUGCCCUUUCUGUCACCUCAGGAUCCCCGGACGGGUCAAGUGCUUGGGACAGGCCGUAAGGUUGGUCGCAUGUUUGAGGUUCAUGACUUGAAGAUUCCUUCACAAGUUGUUUCUGCAGCUGCUACCACUGCCACCUCCUCACCUGAUCUAUGGCAUGCUCG